AUGGCGUAUCCUCGCUCUUCACCUCAUUCGACACACUCUCGUGAAGAUUGGGAUCUGAAAAGUAAAAUGUCAAAAACGACAUCCACUGGUUCAACAACGUAUUCAGUGGCCUCUGCUUCCAGCCGACUGACAAAUGCUUCAGUGCAAGAGUCUUCGGCCCGAGUUUAUUUUAUUGAACUUCAGAGGUAUCUAUCCAGCAUGUUAUCCAAAGAGGCUUCUGAAGGGGUUCCAGCACAAAGAACAGCUGCACGACAAAAGUUGUCAAGACUAAACAAUUUACAGUUUCACGAACUGGCCACAGAUGUGUACGACGAGCUUGUUCGAAGAAACGUGGAUGGUCAUAAAUCGUUUCUACCUUUAAGGGACGACUUCCAUCCAAGAAGAAACCAAGCCAGACAAAAAUUAGCAACACUUCCUGAUUCAAGGUUUAAAGAUUUAGCAAGCGACGUUUAUCAUGAGUUGAAGAGAAGAUAUCCUCAUAUUUUAGAAGAAGACGUACCUCCUAUGCCUCAACCGAAAUCAAUGGACGCAAAAGCAAGCCAAUCGACACAGAUUGUACCUGUUAAAGGAACAAUCAAUGUCGAGACCAUGGAUUACUCAGAUGAUGAAGGAAACGGAAACAUCCAGUCCUUAGAUAGUUUGAUGGCUGAUUUAGGAAACAUGGUUAAGACACCAAGACAAGAUACCAAUAUACCACCUGAAAAAUUAAAUCAGGAUGCAGAAAACAUCAAGUAUGAAUAUGAAGCAAAAAUAGCAUCCAUGACAAAACGAAUUCAAAUGAUGGAGUUAGCCAUGGAUCAACCUCCUGAUAGAGAUAGACAAGCCAGGAUGAACAAAAUGCAAGAGGAAUACAGGCAACUCGAUGAUAGGUUCACCAGAUUAAAUAAAGAACACAAGGAACAACAAGUGGCCGUGCGCGAAGUAAAAGAUGAAAUUAGACAAUUGAUUGAUGAAUUAAAAAACCUUUCAGCCAAAAACGAAACAUUACGUAUACAAAACGAUAAUGCCAAUACAAAGAUACGAUCUUUAACAGAAGAAUCUAAGUCUUGGAAAACAAAGUAUGAUAGUAUCAGUAUGGAGUUACGAAGUUUUAAAGUGAAAUCAGUGCAUAUGGAUCAUCAGGAUCUAUCCAAAGAUUAUUUCUUAAAACCAAAUGAAGACGGCGCAAUAGGACAUCAAUAUAUUAUAGAAUAUCAAACUGCAAUAGAUGAGUUGAUGAAAACAUCAAGAUCAAGUAAACCAGCCGACGUUUUGUUUUCCAUGAGAACGAUUGUGAUGGCCUGUAAAUCAAUCACCACAGAGGUUGAAGAAUUCGAAAUUAAAGUUGGAUUAUCUUCUGCCAAUCAAGCCUCAUUGUAUGAGAUCAAGAAACGAUUCUCCACAGAGCUGUCCAAUUUAUUAGCUUCAGCUAAAAUAUAUUCUGGAGGCAUGGGCAUCAGUCCGGUUAGUCUGGUAGAUGCAGCAGCAGGAAACUUGACCGUGACUAUUGUUGACCUUGUGAAACUUUUGGGAAUGCGACCUGUUACUGACAACCAUAGUGGUGGUGAUGGCGGCCCUCCUUUACAGCAAAAGAAUAACACCAAGAGCAAGCCCAUGUCAUUUGCAAUGACACCUAAUCAACUUUCACAAUUUCUUAAGGAAGAAACAGAUCAUAUUGUAGCCUCUGUUCAAAAUUUAUUGGGAGCGCUUCGAUCCAGUGAUGGAAACUUGUAUAAGAUUAUUACAUCUAUUGUGGACAUUGUAUCCAACAUUGUGAAUGCUUCGAAAAACACCUUUGAACAAGGCGAAGGCUUAAAGUACAGAAACCAAGGUUUUAUUAUCCUGAACGAUUUAGAUCGAUGCAAUAGUAAAAUAAUUUAUAUUCGAGAUACUGAAUUCACAAAACUACCGGACAACACAAACGCGGUAGCUAAGCGAAAUUUAGCACAAGAGUCAUACGAAAUUGCCAAAUACACAAAAGAACUUAUCAACAUGCUGGAUAUGUAA